UCCAGAGACAGAGAGGCCGGAAAUUGUCCUCUUAGAGCCGCCUGCCUGUUUGGGUGGUCGAGGCGAGGCGGCGCGAACAGGACGCUGCAGACGGAUUGGCGCGGUAGUUGCUCCAGCGGGUCGGCCUGAGUGAGCGGGGACAAUGGCAUCUCGGGCAGGCCCGCGAGCGGCCGGCACGGACGGCAGCGACUUUCAGCACCGCGAGCGCGUCGCCAUGCAUUACCAGAUGAGUGUGACCCUCAAGUAUGAAAUCAAGAAGCUGAUCUACGUGCAUCUGGUCCUAUGGCUGCUGCUGGUUGCUAAGAUGAGCGUGGGACACCUGAGGCUCUUGUCAUAUGAUCAGGUGGCCAUGCCCUAUCAGUGGGAGUACCCGUAUUUGCUGAGCAUUGUGCCCUCUCUCUUGGGCCUCCUCUCCUUCCCCCGCAAUAACAUUAGCUACCUGGUGCUCUCCAUGAUUAGCAUGGGGCUCUUUUCUAUCGCUCCCCUCAUUUAUGGCAGCAUGGAGAUGUUCCCUGCUGCACAGCAGCUCUACCGGCAUGGUAAGGCCUACCGCUUCCUCUUUGGUUUUUCUGCUGUCUCCGUCAUGUACCUGGUGUUGGUGCUGGCGGUCCAAGUGCACGCCUGGCAGCUAUACUACAGCAAGAAGCUCCUAGACUCUUGGUUCACCAGCACACAGGAGAAGAAGCGUAAAUGAAGCCUGCCUGAUGGACUGCUGUAUGGGGGAAGCCUGGGCCUCCCACUGGGCAGAGUGAGAGGGUAGAGGAGCUGCUCUGAAAUAUCCUUGGGUGGUUUUGGCAGCUGUCAUGUUGGCAGCUACUGCAAACUAGACCCAAGUUCUGGGAAGCCCCUCCUAUUACCAUCAACUGAGAUGGCAAAACCAUAUUUAUUCCUGGUUUGCUUGAACUGGGCAGUCAACAGCUAUAAAACAAACCAGCUGGUUGAAGUUGAGGCCCUUCAGGGUGUUUCUUUAAGACUCUGCCUCUUCCUUGCCUCCUCUUGGUCAUUCUCUCCACUUGCGUCCACUACUGCUUCACUUCGGAGACUGCAGGAGAUAGGGAAUAAGUCAAAUCAAAUUCUGCUUCAAUCUGUAGGUCAGGAAAUGUUUUGAAGGCUGCACCCCCUGCAGGCUGUGGUCUCUACUGGGAAGCAUUUUAAUUAAAAGGAACCUCAAUAAAGUUAUAACCUCCCUGUUGA